AUGGAGCAAGCUUUGGGCCUCUCGGGCCUGCUCACCAUAGACCACAGUAUCAAGCUCUUAGGACACCUUGUGCUCGUCGGCCUGGUGUUCUUCUUCGUCCGCCUGUACCAAGUGCGGAUAAUGUUUCGUCGUGUGCGGAAAGAACAUGGAAUUCCGAUAAUGCCGCACUCGUUCCUCUUCGGCCACCUGUGGACGACGGCCAAGAUCGCCAUCAAGCACAAGAUCCCGCGGGACGGAAAUGGCCACUGGAUGUUCCAUUUCAUCAAGCUGGAGUACCCCGAGAUCGCUGCCCCGGGAGUCCUCUAUAUGGACGUGUGGCCUAUCGGCUAUCCCAUGAUCGCCGUCUACCACCCGGAGAUCAUGGCCCAGUUUACGCAGGAGCACAGCCUGCCGAAGUGGUGGGCCCAGGGGCAGAGGGAGUUCAAGCACUUCACUGGUGGCGAGGACCUGGUCCAUCUCGAGGGCCAGGAGUGGAAGGCUGCCCGGGCUAUGUUCAACCCCGGGUUCUCUGCAAAGAACUUGCUAUCGCUGAUUCCCAAUUUCAUGGAAGAGGCGCUGGUCUUUCGCGAACGGCUCAGGGAAGCUGCCGUGAGCGGCGCAGUUGUGAAGCUGGAGAACUACACGACUGACGUGACUGUAGACGUCGUAGCCCGCGCUGUACUCGGUACACGUCUACAAACGCAGACCAUGUCCAGCAAGCUGAUGAAAGCAAUGCAAGCGCAGCUUUCCUCGAUACACCUCAGCCUAGACCUGUCGAAGUCCCUGAACCCCACGCGGCCCAUCAAGAACUGGUUCUACAACCGGACGAUCCGCGCCGAGCUGAUGUCACUCAUCCAGCAGACGGUCCUCAACUACGAGCAGCUCGAAGGCCCCAAAACCGUGCUAGCCCUCGCCCUGCGCUCCUACGUCGAAGAGAAGCGACACCAGGGCGCGUCCUCAUCAGGCGCCUCGCCCAUCCCGCCCGAAUUCCUCGAGCGCGUCAUCAAGCACAUCAAGAUCUUCAUGUUUGCCGGUCACGACACGACCGCCACCACGCUGGCUUACGCCUAUCACCUGCUAUCCCUGAACUCCAAGCAAGCGGGCAAAAUGCGCGCCGAGCACGACGAGGUCCUCGGCCCGGACCCAGCAGCCGCCGCGUCCCGCAUUGCCAUAGACCCGACCCUGCUCAACAGCCUGCCCUACACGCUCGCCGCCAUCAAAGAGACGCUCCGCCUCUUCCCGCCCGUCGGCGGCACGAUCCGGCAAUCCCCGCCGGGCCACCACCUCACGCACCCGCACACGCGCCAGCGCUACCCGACACACGGCUUCAUGCUCCACUCGUCAGUCACCACCACGGCGCGUGCGCCCGAGUUCUGGCCCUCGCCCGACGCCUUCAUGCCAGAGCGCUUCCUCGCGCGCGACGCGAGCGACCCGCUGUACCCCGUGCGGAACGUGUGGCGGCCGUUCGAGAUGGGGCCGCGCGCCUGCAUCGGGCAGGAGCUGGUCACUCUGGAGCUGCGGCUGAUAUUGGCGCUGACGGUGCGCGAGUUCGUGGUCGAGGAGGCGUAUGAGGAGGGCGCGCCUGUGUGGUUUGGGACGCGGGCAUAUCAGGUUGAGACGGCGGAGCAGGCGGCUACGGCGCAUGUUAAGGGUGGGAUGCCGGUGCGGGUUAGGGUUCAGGGGUAG